UUAGAAGACUGCAGGAAUCUGAAGCAGCAGGCGGGUGAAGCCAAAACAAACGGGGACGUUGAGUCUAACAUUUCAAGCAAUAGAUUCCUUUCCCUUUUGGCCUCCAAAGAUCGCAACUUUCUUAUCUCUCCUGAUGGAACUCAGUGGAUAUGUGCUCGUCGGUGCUGAUUCUCAUGACCUACACGUGACAAGCAUGUAUGCAGUCUUAAUCAGGGUGGAAGUUUCUGAGCUUGAAGGCAAGGUCGUUGGCCUCUACUUCUCAGCUAACUGGUACCCACCAUGUAGAAACUUCACGGCGAUUCUAAUUGAUGUACAUGAGCAGCUAAAGAGCAAUAGGUCUAAAUUUGAGCUUGUGUUUGUGUCGUCUGAUGAGAACUUAGAAGCUUUCAACGACUAUCGAGCACUGAUGCCUUGGCUUUCCAUUCCAUUUUCUGAUGUGGAGACCAAGAAAGCCUUGGACCGUAAAUUCAACAUUGAAGGUGUUCCCUGUUUAAUUAUUUUGCAGCCAGAGGAUGAUAAUGAUGAGGCAACCUUGCAUGAUGGGGUUGAAAUCCUUUAUCGAUUCGGAGUCCAAGCUUUCCCAUUUACUAAACAGAGACUCGAGGAAUUGGAGUUGCAAGAAAGGCAAAAGCAUGAGCGCCAGACACUGACCAAUUUACUCGCAGACCAUGACAGAGACUAUCUCUUCGGUCAUCCUGCACCUAAACAGGUGCCAAUUGAUUCAUUAAUGGGGAAAACAAUUGGACUUUUCUUCUCAGCCCAGUGGUGUAAUCCAGGCGUCAAGUUCACUCCCAAGCUUGUCUCCAUUUACCACAAGAUCAAGCAGAUGCUGAUUCUAAAUGAUAAUGAUGAGGAUUUUGAGAUUGUGUUUGUGUCAAAUGAUUGGGAUCAAUCAGGAUUCAACUCUUACUUCAAUACCAUGCCAUGGCUGGCAUUACCCUUUGGAGAACCAACCGCUAAAAACUUAGCCAAAUAUUUUGAUGUGAGAGGCAUCCCUUGUUUGAUAAUCUUAGGCCCUGAUGGUAAAACUAUUACCAAACAUGGCAGAAACUUAAUCAACUUGUACCAAGAAAAUGCUUACCCUUUCACCGAAGCAAAAGUUGACUUGCUAGAGAAACAGAUGGAUGAAGAGGCUAAAAACUUGCCGAGAUCAGAGUACCAUGCAGGGCAUAAGCAUGAGCUCACUUUGGUAUCCCAAGAAACUGGAGGAGGUCCUUUUAUAUGCUGUGAUUGUGAUGAGCAAGGGGCUGGUUGGGCUUACCAGUGCCUUGACUGUGGAUAUGAGGUGCACCCCAAGUGUGUUAGAGCUGUGGACACCAGCAACAUGCUAGGGAGAUGAAUAAAUUAUCUAGCUUUAUAUGUUAUGCUAAUUGUCUUCUGCUAAUUCAAAUUUGGAGUUGCUGUGUGUUCAUUCAUCGUCCCUUAGAUUCUGGAUUUCGCUUUUUAAGUCCAGUAUUAAAGUAGCAAACAGAGUUUCAGAUUGGAUUUUAUUAUAGCUAAUUAUUAAGAUGAGCAAUGACAAUUUCCUGAAA